GAGCACAACUAAAUAUAUUUGUAAUAUUGGCCCCAGCUCUUUUUGUCAUAGAAACUCGUGCAUCUAGAAGAAAGAGCCUGCCCGGCUUCUUGCGAUCAUCCUUGGAAGCCAAAAGGCUCCACAGACAGAACGAAUCUCUCCCCACCAUGCGUAGCACCACAGCCUGGAUAUAGCUGCUGCAUCGCAUACUACACCAAUAUGAUUACAAAUACAAGCAGAUUACAAAUUUUUGUGCGAUACCCCUGAUUCAUCCUCACUUCGAACCAAAUUGCAUGUUUUAAGGGUGAGAACUGCACACUGGUCAGCGUGACAGUGACUCUUUGUCCAGGACUUACGGCUUGAUCACUGAAGAAUCAAGACAGAGCACUCCGCCAACGCAGCAAGUCCUGGUUCAGAAGACCACAAACUAACGUGAAAUCAUGACAUCUACCAACCGCACUCACGCUGCGCUGGUGACAGUUGCACCCCGAGCGCCCCUGCAAAUCCACCAACGUCCAACACAAUCCCCUCGAGGCAAUGAAAUCUUGAUCCGUAGCACCUUCACUGCCUCGACGCCGCUGGACCUGCAUCGCGCGGACGGCGGACUCCUGGUCCACGACGCCGAAUGCAUGGGGGCAACAACAGUCGGCAUAGUCUCCGAGGUGGGACCAGAUGUAUCUCGCUUCAAGCCCGGCGACGAGGUGUUCGGGUGGGCCUUUGAGGACCAGAAGCAAAGAGCGCACCAGGAGUUCGUCACAGCGCCGGAAUGGCUAUUCGCGCACAUUCCGGAAGGGUUCUCGAUGGAGCAGGUUGCCACGGUGCCGGAAAACUUGAUCACCGCCUUCAACACUGUCGCCGUAGACCUGGGGCUGCCAACACCUUGGCCCAAGCCAGAAGGUUAUGUGCCUCCCAGAGCCGAGGAGCCGAUUCUAGUGUGGGGAGCUGCGUCGAGCGUUGGGCAGUUCACGCUCGAGGUGCUUAGAUUCUACGGAUACAAGCACAUUCUGGCGACUGCUAGCCCUGGCCAUCAUGACUAUCUCCGGGAGCUCGGGGCGACAGAAUGCUUCGACUAUAGGGAUCCAGGGGUCACUGAAGCAUUGAUUGAGGCAGGUAAACGGAUCAGGGGGAAUACGAAGCCCACUAUCCCAAUGGUCGUUGACUGCAUCGGGUCCGUCUCGGGGACGCUCGAACACAUUUCCAAGAUCGCAGAAAAGGGAAGCACGGUUGCUGUCAUGCUUCCCGUUAUCUUGAAGACCCCGACGCAAACCCAAGCUCCGGAGUACUCGAUGGAGGUUCCUGGUCACAACAAGUGGGAGGACGGAGUGAACUUACGGGGAGUGCGGACAUUUUUCGUUUACAAGAACAGCGAGUUCUUCAGAGAGAAGCUCGCGUCGGAGAUUAUUCCCGAGGUACUGGCACAAGGCGUUGUUCGACCACAAAGAUAUCGAGUGAUUGAGGGGAAGACUAUGCUGGAAAGAGGCGAGAAGGCACUUGACGCAUUGAGGGAUGGAGUUAGUGGGGAAAAGCUGGUGUGGCGGACGAACGACGAAUGAAAACGUGAAGACGGGCACAGCUGGUAUGGCAGAGUAUCAGCCAUGAGUUUGAAACUUGAGGAAUCUAAACGAAAAUGGAAUCCAAAUCGAGAUGGAUGCACACGACUCCAACAGCUUCUGUUCCAAUGAGGAAGGUGGGGUCUGUUCACUUGGAUACAGUUGUGCGCUGGCUGCAACUCCAUUUUGGUUUAGCAUCAAGGAACAUUUCCACCCAAACCCCACACAACUGGGUGCAGGUGAUCUACAUGGAGAAGAAACAAGGCCUAAUCAUGAUCACGCAACUUUUACUCCACCGCGUUUGCUCCCGGUUGGUCGCUGUAAUUAUGAUUCCAAGCCAACCUGAAAAGAAAGUCAGCCAGACAUCAAUAGUUAGCUUGAUUCAUUUUUGCUUUGUUCUCUCGAUUUCAACCCCUUGGUUGCAUCGGUUCAGCGUUUGC